AUGCGGUCCAGCCGCACGAAGGUACGGACCUACCACGAGGAAAGCUCAUCUCAAGAUGAGUCAACAGGCUUGCACGGCUCAAGGCGUGCCUCAUUAUCUCUUCGCUCGCGCAGUACAACUCGAAUGCCAAAAUCCUAUCGCGAAGAUUCGACAGAUGCUAGCGUUAACGGAGCCGUGGAAGACCAAGAGCCCGAAGAACUAGUAGCUGCGCCGGUCGAUGCACCGAACUCGGAUGCCGAGUCUGUGCAUACUCGCCCCUCCAAACCCCAAGGUCCUCGGCGCGCUGCAACCACCCCGAAGCCAAAGAAGUUUAAACGAUCGAAACCCAGUAGUCAAGUUGGGAGAGUCCUGCAUAAACGUGCCAAGACGGAUGGGGAUGACCCGAUAUUCCUGGGAUCCGGUGUCAUUCCUCCUUGGCCAACUCUCCCUUACUAUAUCCUUCUUGACAUUUUCCUGCGUGCAUCGCACCCAUUACUCGACGAAAGCCGUUCGGCCCGCAAUGACUCCGUCAAGUGGCUACUCAAUGUCGCUCUACUGUGUCGAAGCUUUCAUGAGCCUGCGCUCGCUGCACUUUAUUACUGUCCACCUCUUCUUCCUGCCUACAAGAGCCAUGUGCUCCUCUCUCUGUUGGCACGCCCACAAGAGUCUCUCUCGAUGAACUACUCUAGCAAGAUCAAGCAACUCCAUGUUGAAGUUGAACCAGUGCUCAUUUAUAAAAGUGGACCCUACGGCUACUUCGACCUUUCUCAGUUAAUUGAAAAGACGCCUCGUUUACACACGGUACGACUGUAUCACAAAGAUGAUUACACGGUGGGAAUACCUCCAUGGCACAUUGUUCAAUCAAAGUGGACUUAUCCAGUCACUGUCUUUUCCGCCCUCGAGAACCGUGGCAUUACCCUUCGUAGCUGGGAUUGGAACAGCCGCUUUUUAGAAACUGAUGCGCUCGUCCAAAUGAUGGUGGAAAUGCACUCACAGCGCGCCUUCCGGGGUCUCCGGGAGCUGAAAUUGCUCCACUUCGAUAACCUCAAUGAAGAAACUUCCGCUGUCAAAGAGGCUGGCCUCCUUGAAGCUCUCGAGAUGCUUCCAGACCUUCAGCGACUGGAUUUCAUUGAAAGCUCAUUGGUUUGCGGGGAAAUUCUGGCCAAUCUACCAAAUACCCUCCAUUCCCUCACGUUGAAUAACUGUGACCGAUUAUGGUCAUCAGAUCUUACAGCCUAUAUGUCUUUACAUGGCACCAACCUUCGAGAGCUCAGUUUAAGCCACAAUCGCUACCUCAACAUGUCUUUCAUCCAAACUUUGGGUCAGUACUGUGAGAAUCUAGAAAUCUUCAAAAUGGACCUUUCUAUGCAUGAUGUAUCCAGCUACCAUGAUGUCGAGCCGCACUUUGAAGAUCUACUUGUCCAAACCGAAAUUCCCACGUGGCCAGAAAAGCUCCAAAAAAUCGAGCUCACCCAAUUACGCAAAUGGGACGACGCUACUGCGGAGGUUUUUUUCACUUCGCUGGUGAAUGCGGCACCCAAACUUCGAGAUCUACGACGAUUGGUCAUCAGUGCAAUCUUGAAGAUUGGCUGGCGUGACCGUGCCACUUUUCGUGAGCGAUGGAUUGGUCUUCUCGAAAAGGUGUUCCUGCGACGAAGCUUGCCACCAGACCCCAAUCUCCGCUCUCUUCAGAAGCGCUCGCUCAAACCCACCACAUUAACCGCAAGGAAUGGACCCGACGAACUGUGCGCUGGAGUUGAUGAUCCACGGCCAUCCACGGCCGAUAGUGGACGAUCGACUUAUUCCAAACGCCAAAGCACUCGGCUAGCACAUCAAAAAUUCAACGAAACUGACGAUGCCGCCAGUGGUUCUUCGUUAGUCGGGACUCCGCAGCCUGAAGUUAGGAAGAUACAGGGGAUGUGCGAUAUUGUAAACAUUCGGAUCGACAACCAGCGACCGACUGAGUUGCAGUUCAACGAGAAUGACUUUCUUGACGAUGAACUCAGUGGGGACGAGGAUUGGGAUGGCAAUGACGAUGACUUCUAG